GCGACAGAGCAGGUUGUGCGCUGAGUCAGUCUCUUUCACCAUUGGAAGUAUCGGUAGGGAAAAAUUCUGUGGUGUUGUUAUUUCACAGGAGGGAUUUAUAGAAACAUUCUAUCAGAAACUCACGGAUCCGGUCAGCCGGCUCACUAGGUGAUGAGAAAUUCGUCGCAGACGGUGCCCGACAUGACGUCGCCUCUAGAUUUCGAUGCCUCGCCCGAGGGUGAGGGCCCGGAAGUAAGCGUAUGGGACCUCGUCAGAUCGGACGCAGUAAAUGCAGGUGGUUUUGGUCAGCAGGAUCGACGUGGUGUAAAGCGAGCGGGAAAUAGCAGCCCCUCAGACUCAUGUGCUAGUUCAGUGAACGAGGAACCAGCAGAGAGAAAAUCAAAGGCUCAGAAACGGAGCUCACGGCGGCGGAAAACGGUGAGUGCCCGGGAGAGGAAUCUACGGCGGCUUGAGAGCAAUGAACGGGAACGCAUGCGCAUGCAUUCACUCAACGAUGCCUUCCAGGAAUUACGAGAGGUUGUGCCCCAUGUAAAAAUGGGCAGGAAAAUAUCAAAGAUAGAGACACUUACUUUAGCUAAGAAUUACAUUAAAGCGCUAACAAACGUUAUAUGUGAAAUGCGUGGCGAGGAAAAAGCUUUUGAUCUAGUACCCCCUGGUGGGGAAGGAGACGACGAAGAUGAUGAUGAUGUAGAUGAUGAUUCUUUUGGAGUUCCAUCCGCGUUUGAUACACCUAGUCCGACGGAGUGCGCCGAGAGCACAAGUGAAAGUCCCAACAUUAGCCCAUCUGUUGAAUUCAAACCGUUCGUGGAGUAAUUUCGUACGGAUUUCGAUUAAACACUGAUUCAUCUCGGGAGAUCUCGAGAAAGGGGCGAGAAACAAACUUGACACAUUCCAGUGAACCAAUUUAGUUCAAUAAGCAGACAUGGCUCCCGAUCGGGGUUGAUAUAAAACGGAGCUUGGAAAAUCUCGUGAUGGACUGACGUUGUAUAGAAAAACGGAUUCACAACGAAACAAUAAAACGGAAAAAACGAUAUGAUAUCAAAUCACAGUGUGUUCAAUCAUAGUUAAGAUCUUCGUCCGGCAGCAGCACUGGGCGGCCUGGUCCUGACAAGGUUAAAGGAUGGUGCCAACGGAAACAGCUAAUAAGGUGAGCUGUAAAGUAGCGUCGAGCUAGUCAAUCGUGGGCAACAGGUGCUUAUUUCUAAAAAAUGCCCACGAUCAAAAACACCUGUCUGUCAUUGUAUGGCCAGAUACAUAGUCAAGUUUUCCGAGUGAUGCUACACAGUCAAGAAUGGACAGUUGUUGUCAGUGCUGAUAAAUAAAGACUCAAGGUUCAAGUGUUGCGUACGGUACGCCGCUCGCCAGGCCGGGUUCCAUUUUCAUAUCAACUAGGACAUUCCAUUUACCGGGCUUGGUUCUCAUUUUAUCAUCCACAGUGGACUUUGCUAUGGAAGGUGAAGAUGCUGGCAAGGUCAUCAUUCGUAACCAAAGACUGGCAUUGAUACGUCAUCAUUACGUCAUCUCAUUAAUUAGUUAUCAUUAGAAAUACUAGAGAAGAUUGAGAGGUGAAGGUGAUAUUUUAUGUACUACGCCAUUACGCAUGCGUGGUGCAGGGUUUUAUGCAUUUAUAAUGUAAUAUUUCAUAUAUGUAGGUUUUAUAGGAAAGUAGAAUAGAUUAGAUUUCUAGAGUAUAGUCAUAUUAGACGACAUUAGUGCCUGAAUACGUUGUGUUUGUCCGUGUACGUGGAAACGGUAGACAAGUGCCCUCUAUCGCAAAACUUCCAAAUGGGUAUUCUCUAGUCACAACUCCUCUUGGAUCAUCAGGGUAUUUCAUUGUUAAAGAUGAUUCAGUUGUUAACAUUGCCUUCGAAAUUGAUAUAUAGGAACGUACUGAAAUACCCUGAUAAUUCUGGCUGGCUAAAUCAAAAGUAUAUUUUUCUUCUAUUUAUUGAAUGUUACUUAUAAAGUUAAGUUCGUCUGUAUUUUUCAUUAUAUUUUCUGCUGGUACAUUUCCACAGUAGAAAAUGUCCUUCUUCAGAAAUAUCCAAGUGUUUAGGAGUGUAACUUCAAAACACAAGGACUAAUCGCAUAAGUUAUAUUAGGGGAUUUCGCAUUGUUGUCACCAGUGGCAGCUUUUGCGAUUUGGCCCACGGUCUAAUAUAUCGAUUGGCUUCGCUCUUCCUCCUCCUUGAAGCUCGCUGUCUGACUAUGGUAACAGAUGAGCCUAAUUGCUAGUCUGUUAAUUACCGGUCGAGGCAUCGACUUCCCGAGUCAUUUAUGUCUAUUAUUUCAAACACCAUUAAUAAAUGGACCGCAGACCAACUUCGGGCAGUGCAUCUGCUCCUACCCUUAUGGGGCAUGCCGGUCGAAUAUUCCAAUAAUGUUCUAUCAUUGUGUUAAAAGCCGUUCGAUCCCAAUUAUUUGCCGUGUCGCGCACGUCGAAAUCUACGGCUACGACCAAGGAUGCCUCCUCUCAAUAAGAAAGCAUGAUAGUAAUCCUCGAAGUCCAGAACAACCUCUUCCGCCUCGGGCAUCGUCUAUGUGCCUUCUUCUGUUACAUGUCAUUCCUAUUCUUCUUCGCCUCCUUCUUCGUCUUCUAAAGCCGAAGAUAUUUUCACAUUGUUGGCUUUUUGUGAUAUAAACAUGUACAUAUAAAUUGGAAGGAAUAAACUCACACUAUGUAAAUGUUAGAAAGCGCGCGUUGAUACAGAGGCUGUUUGUCAAAGAUUAUCCUUUCAAAGAAGACUUCUUUUUCUAUUUCAAUUUGAGUUUAUUCGAUCCAGGGCGUGGUAUAUCAACAGUCACUGAGACCCACCAUGGAUUCACUGCUUGCAAAAUGACCAAUUGCUUCAAUUCCGCUACGUUUUGUCUUCCGUGACAUCUUCUGCAAGCACCGGAAGUCGCAGAUGUGCUAGCCAAUUUCAUGGCGCCACAGAGAUGUAUGCUCUGAUAAAUCAUUUCCACUUGCCGCUGGGGGCAGAUUGUGAUUUUUUCAGUUGAGAAUCUCAAGCAAUCUGCAGAUGGUUCUCCUUCUAUUCAAUCCAAGCAGUGGGUUUAUUUCUUCACAUUCUGUAACAUUGCCAAGUGGUUUCAAGAUGACCGAGAGUGCUGACUUUAGUCCUUAGUGGCUGGCCGUUAUGUCGCAGGUGUGGAAUAGCUGGGCUGUCACUAUUGUGCUGAUUAGCGCUCACAAGCAGCCUGAUGCUUAAGAUGAUAGUCUCUUGUCAGUUGCACGCCCCAGAAAUCGCAUAUCCGACUGACUUCCCUCAGCGGAACUGCCUUGGUGAGGCAUUAUCUCAUGCUUAUCUGGCCCGCUUUCUAGCUGGCCAGAUGUGACGGAUAUCAUCCACAUAAAACGUUUCGAGGUUCUUUUAGUUCCAAGGGCAAUUUCCGUGGGGAAGUGCUAUUUCUGUGGCUUUCACGAAAACGUAUAUAGGCUAUUCGGUUUUCACCGAGGGAAUUGGAAUAUGCUCAACCGUGAAAGGGACGACAUGCUGAUCGGGCCGCGGUUACCCAAGUAUUAUAUCCCGAUUACCCUGUGUUUCGCUACCAGACUACGUGUACUGAAAAUGCGUGCUCUCGUCAGUAAAGUUAGGAAUCACCGCGCUCAUGGUUCAGCUAAUAUACAUGUACCGUGUUUAUCUCCUGCUGCAAUGAUAGUUGUUCAGCUCUUACCAGCUAACAUUAUUUGCGUUACAAACACUAUCACUGUCACUUUCGCGUAUUGCUAUCAAUAUAACACUAAUAAGUGAAUAGAUGGCCAAGAUUGGUAAACUGGUAACAAAAUAAUUGAGUUGUGCUUUCACUGGGGAGAAUUCAAUUGUUCAAAUAUUUUAAGAUAAUACUGUUUAUUCAAGAGGGGAUCGUGUAGUCGUGUGAAGAAUAAUUUCGUUUGGUACCGUGACUACCCUUUUUGUGUGAUAGCUGUGUACACCGUACGCAAGCAUUACACUGAGAUUACCGUAAAACGUAUUCGAAAAAUAUAUGUAUAUCGUGUUUUCACACCUAUCCGUAGACGGUAGCAACGCAAAUGUCACGAAAAUGUCACACUAAAAAAAUGAAUUUAUGGGAAGUCUACUCAUGCACCUUUGUAUUCUCAUCGUUAAAAUGUAUUUCGUUCCGAUAUAUGCCAUCAAUGAAGAUCGUUUGAAACCUGCAGUUGCCGUUACCUGGAAUCCCCAUUAUUGCUACAAGAUUGAAUCAAAAGUGUCGAGCUUAAUUUCUUCUUACACUUGUGUAUGUGCUGGUGGCUAGGUUCGUUGUCUCUAUCCCUAGUCAAGCUUACAAUAAAGUCCCCCACACGCAUUUGAACAGUCCCUCCAUCAAACAGCUGAUGUGAGUGGACAGCUGCUACGUUCACGCACCCUUAUGUUUUGAUUGUGCAUUGUACAUACAAUGCUUGCAUUUUGGCAUAUCCUUGCCUAGUUUUGUGAUUGUUCUCAGUCUGAUAAUAGCGAAAUGUCUGUGUCCUGGAUGACCCCGUGCUGACUUAUUGGUAAUGUUCGUCACUCCUUUUGGAGAAAGCGGCUCUAAGACUUGACGAACAACGCUGGUAAAUUGGCAUGCACUGGCACCACUCAUGCAUUGAGCUUGUUGAGGGACAAAGAAAAAAAUGAUAUGUGUUGAUUCUUUUAUACGUAACGAUAACAUAAGAUUAUACAUGUAUUCCAAAUUUACGUCUGCAGACUGUCUGACAACCUCAAAACGAGGAAGGUCCCAGGGACUUCUGAUGUUCCACAGUCUGUUGACCCAACGAGGUUCUCCCUUGUACUCCGCGUUUCAAAAAGCGUCCUGGAUCCUGGCCUUCACCUUGCUUCGUUUUGAAGUUGGAUCACUUUCCGUGAACAUGUCAGACAGUCUGCUGACUUAACUCUGGAAUAUACACAUUCUUUUACAAGAUGAAGGAGAAUGUGAUCGUUCCUGAUAAAAAAAUCUUCACAUGUUAUUUAGAUAACCGGCGUAGAAGAUGAAUGAGCAAAAGAGAGCACAGAUAAGUAUGAAAUGUUCGUUCAAUGAAACAGUGCCAGAAAAUUUUACGUUGAAUGUAUCAUUUGUAAGAUGAAAGAUUUGACCUGUCCACUAGGAUUUAAAGAUGCUCAGUGUAUUCAGUGAGGAUGCUGAACUGAGUUAUAAACGUAUCUGUUCUGUUAAGUGUUCUAUAUAGUCUAAAUGAUAUAGCGAGUGUUACAGACUCAUAUUCUGUACGUUGUGAGCGUUGGUGACCAUGGACCAAGCGGACAAUUAGAAAAACAAAUUAUGAAUGAAAACGAGAGAUCGUCUUUUUCUGCAAGAAUGGUGUAUGCAUGUAAUCAUUUUUGCUGAGACAGGGUUCGUUACUGCGGGAGUUCGUUCACGAGUAAACCGACCCAGAAGGUUGUCCAUCAGGAUGACGGCUUCUGGACUAGAUUAGGAGCCGUGACAGUUCUCGCGAAAUGUUUACAAUAUAAAUCUGUAACACUCUAUAUAUCUCUCAAGUCUAUCAACUUAUCUACGUACCUGUUGUUGAAAAUUCUAAAUAGAUAGUGUAAAUAAAAUAAUUAUUU